AUGUUGGCUGCUAAUCUUAAUCCUAAAGAUACGUUUCUAGCUAAGUAUGAGAUAAAUUCAAUUAAUACAAGUAAAGGUAGUAAUGCUAAAGGACAACCAGCUGGAACAAAUAAAGAGAAGAAUUUUAAUCCGUGCUCUUUGAAUCCUAAAACUGUUGCACCUAAUACAACAGUAAAACUAAGUGAGAAUGUUAAGAUAAAAUGA